UGCUCUUAUUUUCCUUCCCUUGCCACGUUGUAGAUGAUAAGAGUUUCAAGAGUUCUAAGAAGUCUGUCUUUACCGUCAUUCCGGAUCUGUUUACUGAGGCCAAGCCGAUGAGAAGGCAGGAGAAGGAAAGGCUGGAGAGGAUAAAUCGGCCCAGGGAGCAGGGCUGGAGAGACGUGCUGAGCGCUGGCAGAGGCGGCGAGGUCAAGGUUUAUCUGGCAAGGCUGAGACAGAUAAGACUGCAGAAUUUCAAUGAGCGCCAACAGAUUAGAGCCAAGCUUCGUGGUGAAAAGAAAGAGGCUGAUGGCCCCGAUGGACAAGAGGGAAGCGAGGAGGCUGGCGUGAGGCGGAAGAAGGUUGAAGCACUUAAGGCCCAAGCAGGCGCACGUGCUGCGGUCCUGAAGGGGCAGCUCGAGCAGAAGCGGAGGGAGGCAUAUGAAAUGGAUCCAUCCGUUAAGGUACUGCUAUGGCUCUGGGUAUAUGACUGUCAACAAAACCACUGAAGUCCUUGCCUAGACAUGGCCUAGGGACAAUAAACGAAUGCACAGGAGAUUAGGCAGAUGGUGCACAGAGGGAGCAUCGUGUGAAGACACAGGGAGAAGACGGUCAUCUACAGGCAGAGGAGAGAGGAUUCAGAAGAAACCAACCCUGCCGGCACCUUGAUCUUGGACUUCUAGCUUCCAAACUGUGAGAAAACAUAGUUCUCUUGUUUAAGCAAAAAAUGAAAAAGUGUCUUCUUCAUCUUUUGGGUGCGUUUCUACAUGUAUCUGUUACUCUCCUUAUAUACUAUAGUGGUCAGAUCUACAUUGCACACGCUCAUUUCUUUUUCUGCUUGUUCUAUUAAUUAAGAGAAAGAUACUGAAAAGCUUACUGCUCUCUUGCUGCACCUGCACUUUGUAAAUAUAUAUGUCAUAGGAAGUAUGUGGUCUUUGUCCCUGUUCCUGGCACAGC